UGGGCUCUACGCUCUAAAGGUGAACUGAGGACAAAAGUUCCAUUUGAAUGAGCCAACCCCCCUAAGUGUUUGAAUAUCUGUAUUAUUAAUGUCAAGGGUUGAUUAAAUUAUUAGAAAGAAUAAGGAACAGAUACCAAUGUUUAAAUUAUUCGAAUGAUAGUCUUCGCGCGCGGGGAAGAACGGAAUGUCGAACUCAACAACAUGGCGGCCGAAUCCUAACGCCAAGCCGUUCGUCCCAAGUUCAGCGUUCUACAGCAUUAAAGUGCCGUGUAAACGAACUCCUAUAAGAAUACAGAAAAAAGGAAUUUUUGGAAGAGUGAUCCAAUGGCUGCUUGUUAUUGUAUUAUGUAUAACGGUAGUUAUAAAUAUUGCCUUCAUCCUUGACACGACCUCCAAGUUUAGAGACAGUUCUAAAGUUUCUGCCGUCACCAAAGGCAAGUUACUUCGAGAAAAUGUCCCAAUACCUAUAGAAGAUGAAGUACAAGAAAUUCAUAUAAAAAUCUUGUCCAGUAAAGAAUCAGCUAUUAUUUCUGUAGAUGGAACCAAGGUGCUUGAAAAAGUGGGCAGCGAGGAUGGGCGUGGCCUUAAUGUGGUUGUGCUCAACCAAGGAACUGGUGCAGUCAUGGCCAUGCGCUCAUUUGACACAUAUGCUUCUAAAGAGGAUUCAGAGUCCCUAGUUCUAUUCAUUAAUUUAGUUUCUGAUGGCAGAAUCCUCUGUUUUGCUGCCAAGGAUGAUGCAUCUAUGUCUUUGAAAAAAACAACUAGGAACCUUUUCAAAAUUUUGGGCAGUGAAAACUUUGAACGACUUGGUUGGCGGGACAAUUUUGCAUUUGUAGUGCAAAAGAAAGGCAAAGUGUAUGCAGAGUCGCUGGGUAAAGCAGAAACUUUGGGAACAUGGGCUGCACCUGUGUCUAUUGAUGUGAAUGUUCCCUUGGCAUCAGGAAAAAACAUUGAAUGUCGCUGGGAAGAGACAGAAGUUAAUAAACGGCGAAGAGUAUUCUGUAAUAAGUAUGAAGGAUAUGGCAGUGUUUGCAGCUGCACCAAUCCAGCAGAAAUCGACAUCAAAUCUGAUCCAUUGCCUGGAAAUGCACUAUUGGAGCUACCCGUUGCUAUCAUUGCCAGUAACAGGCCCCACUAUUUGUAUCGUAUGAUACGUUCCAUGUUGUCUGCAAGUGGGGCAGAUCCCAAGAUGGUUACUGUAUUUAUUGAUGGCUAUUUCGAGGAGCCCCUAGCUGUUGCCAAACUGUUUGGGCUGAGAGGUAUUCAGCACACUCCCAUCAGUAGCAAGAAUGCCAGGAUUUCACAGCACUACAAAGCCAGCCUUACUACGACAUUUAACCUGUAUCCCAAGGCAGAGUACAUGAUAAUCAUUGAAGAGGACCUGGAUGUCUCUCCGGAUCUGUUCUACUACUUCCAGCAGCUUCUCCCAGUGAUGAAUGACGAUGGAAGCGUCUACUGCAUAUCUGCAUGGAACGACCAGGGAUAUGACCACACAGUUGGUGAUAACACCAUGCUAUACAGAGUUGAGACUAUGCCUGGCUUAGGAUGGGUUCUAAAGCGUAAAAUGUACAAAGAUGAGUUAGAGCCUAAAUGGCCAACACCAGACAAGUUCUGGGACUGGGACAUGUGGAUGCGUUUACCAGAGAUAAGGAAAGGACGCGAGUGUAUAAUCCCAGAUAUUUCCCGCACAUAUCAUUUUGGUACCAAAGGGCUUAACAUGCACCCAUUAUUCCAAGAGUUGUACUUUAAGAAGCAUGCACUGAAUACAGAACCAAAUGUCAAGCUGAACACAGAGGUGAUAAAGAAGGAUAACUAUGAGAAGGAGAUAGAGAGGCUCAUUGGGACGGCUGUUGUCCUCGAUCACAACAAGAACCCUUGCAAUCACAGCGACUUCAUCCCUGACACUCAACGCCAGACAUAUGUGUUUUAUAUGCGCAUGGUCAAUGCCGUUGACUGGGUGACCUGGAAGAGUAUAUCUAAAUGCCUCCAUAUCUGGGAUCUAGAUGUGAGAGGGUUCCACAAGAGCAUGUGGAGACUUUGGUUGAAAGGCAACCACAUCUUAAUAGUGGGCACUCCUGCAUCGCCUUACUCCAAACAUAAACCAAGUAAUAUCCAGCCCAUUUACAUACCUAAGAAAGGAUCAUGAAAGAUCAUUUAUACAAGAAAUCCAGAAGAAAAUUCUAUUUUCGUGACUUUUACAUUAUUCUAUGAACUUUUUCAGGGUGAGUAUCCAGGAUUUCUAGCUGGGCUCUAAAUUAAAUGCUAAAAGGGGGCUAUUUGGCCAUGUACUGGUGUACCUUUUUAGCCCUCCUUUUUUACUCUAGAUUCUAGAUUCUCAGAUUUGAUUUUAAGAAGAGAGGGCAAAAAGUGAUAUAAACACAUAAUAGAAAUGGUAAACAUUCAUGCCCAAGGUUGAAAGUUUAUUGUCAGUAGAAUAAUAAUGUAUAAUGAUAGGUUGUUAUUAAUAUCCAAAAACCAAUUAUUACAAUAAUAUAUUUCAAUUAGGGUCUUCUUAGUUUAUAAAGAAAAAAUGGAGAUUGCUGUUUUUUUAUUUAGUAGUUUACAUUUUUUUAGCCAUACACUUCACCCACUUCAGGGCCGUAGCAGGGGUCGGGGCCCUGUGGACACCCUCCCCCCCCCAAUAUUUUCUUAAUGUUUCUGUUUAAUGCCCGGGCCUCGCCCAAAUAAUACAAGGCCUGCUGCCUGCUACAGCUCUUUUCUUUAUAUGGUCGCCAUUUAACUCCAUUCACAAAUGAUGGAAUAUUGCACUUUAAGCCUCAAGGGUGUAAUACAAGUAACUUGUAUUUGGAAUGGGGGAUGGAAUUCAAUAUAAGAUUAUUAUAAAUCAAUGAGAAAUAAAGAUGUUCAGGCUAAA